ACAGUCUCUCUGUACAAAACUGACCAGUGACUACUAGUAGUAUUUUAUUAAUAAUCAUGUAAUAGGCCCGGUUCCACCGAUCCAAUCCGCAAUCGGACGGCGGAUGGCUUCCUUCCUUGAAACAGGCCCAUUUCGAAACCUCCCACACAAACCCUAUACACUGUAGCUCCCAAUUUUGGUCCUCUCAUUCUCCGUCGCUUAAUUUCACCGAAAUUACAGUCAAUUGCAAUGGCAACGAGAUUCGCUUCGAGAGUCGUAUCUCGCAGGUUCUCAACCGGCGGGAAGAUCCUCAGCGAGGAGGAAAAGGCUGCUGAGAAUGUUUACAUCAAGAAAAUUGAGCAAGAGAAACUGGAGAAGCUUGCACGUAAGGGACCCAAGCCAGAAGAGGCAGCAGCAGCAGGUUCAGGAGGGUCAGUGACAGAUGCUAAACCAAGUAGCUCUACCACAUCAGGAGCAUCAGCUGAAAAAGUAUCUACUGAUAAAUAUCGAAACUAUGCUGUUGUUGCUGGGGCCGUAACUGGUCUUGGUGCUCUGGGAUGGUAUCUCAAAUCUAGUGGGAAAAAGGUAGAAGUCUCCCAGGACUGAGGAGGUCGGCGUAGAGGAUGGAUAUUGGCGGUGGAUGAUGGCAUGAAAAUAAUUCAUACUGUAUGAACAAAUUAUCUUUCUCUCAUUCGAUAACUUUUACUUUAGAUUGUUUCUUUCGAGAUAUGGUUUUCCCCAGAUGUUUUAAAGGGAUUUGAGGUCCUUUUCACAAUUGGUUCUUCAUAUUGUUACAUACAGAUUUGGCUUUUUCUGGACCUAGGCGUUCCGUGAUGUUAAUGACUUCUGUUUU